GUGAGCUCAGGAGAUGAGAGGGACACAUCUGUUCAGAGAGACUGAGAAGGAGGGAGUGAAGGACAGAGUGGGCGAAUUCACUGGGAAAGACACAGAGUUCUAAGGACAGACAGAAGUCUGCAGUCGUGGGAGGUCCGGACGUCCGUGUCGUUCCUCAUCCCCAGGGCCACAGACCCACUGAAGAUGGAAACCGUAACAUUAUCUCCUGGCUGAGGACGGCGCUUAUCGUUCAUCUUAAAUGCUUUACAACUUCUCAGUAUGAAGGUGCUAGAGUGGAUAGUGCUUACACUCAUCCUGUUUGGAUGCAAGUGGGCGGACUCUGUCCCACUGGCUCCGCCCAUCGACUCAGUAACACCUGAAACGCCUCCUUCUGUUAUUCCCACGGUGGAUGAGAGCGCGAGGCUAGUGGAUUGGCUAACGAAAUAUGGCUACCUGCCUCCUCCUGACCCCUCCACGGGUCAGCUUCAAGCCUGGACCGCAGUCACACACGCUCUGAAGGCUAUGCAGAGGUUUGCUGGAUUACACGACACUGGAGUAUUGGAUGAGGAGACUCUGAGAAUGAUGCAGACACCGCGUUGUUCACUUCCUGAUGAUGAAGGCGGUCCAAUCCCUGAGUCAGACGCAGAUACUGAGCUUCAAGUCCAGAGGGUGAAGAGAGCCGUCUCGAGCUGGGCUCAGAGAAACAUCAACUGGAGAUUGCGCACGUACCCCACCUCUUCGGCUCUGUCCCAUGAGACGUUUCGUUCUCUGGUCUUCUAUGCUCUGAAAGUGUGGGCAGAUCCAACGGCUCUUGAGUUUCACGAGGUUGGAGGGCCAGACGGGGCGGAUCUCCUGAUUGACUUCUUACAUGGUUCACAUGGUGAUGGAUACCCUUUUGAUGGGGUGGGUGGAGCUGUUGGCCACGCCUUCUUUCCUUCUGACCAGGACAGAGCAGGUGAAGUUCAUCUGGAUGCAGAGGAGGAGUGGGCAUUCAGACAGCCAGCCUCUGAAGGCACGGAUGUGUUCACGGUGUUGGUGCACGAAAUCGGCCAUGCUCUCGGACUCUCCCACUCUUCAGCACGGGGGUCCGUUAUGAGGCCAUAUUACCAAGGGCCCCUUGGAGACCCGCUCCACUUCAGCCUGGGAUCUCCAGACCGAGAGCACAUCACCACUCUCUACGGGACGAGAGCUGACAAUCUACAGACAGGAAGUCAUCCUCUAGAGGUAGAAGCUGAACUGAAACAUCCACGCAGAGGCACACACAGACUCACACACAUGCACCGACACACACACAGUCACCUGGACAGUCCUUCUGUGGAUCGCUGCAACACCAGUUUCGAUGUGGUUGCUAAAAUCAGAGGGGAGACUUUUUUCUUCAAAGGUCCGAGUAUGUGGAGGGUGAACAGAGGUGGCCUGGUUUCUCGGAGAGCCGUGUCCGUGCGCAAACUCUGGGCUGCUCUGCCCACAUCUCUGCCCCCGCUGAGGGCCGUACUGGAGAGACAAGAGGAUCACGCCAUCAUCUUCAUCAGUGGUUCUCAGUUCUGGCUGUUUAAGGAUCUGUCUCUGCAGAAUGGUUUCCCGCAGCCGCUGUUUGCUCUGAGUCCCGCAGGCCCGGAUGGAGAGAAACACGGUGUGCACUGGGACCCUGAUAAAGGAGUGGUGUGGGGGUCGGGAGUAGAGCGAGGAGAGGGCGGUCAGGUGUGGACCGAGCUCAUUGAAGGAGGAGUGAAUGGAAUUAUUACAGAGAACAAUGGUUCUCUCUUCCUCUUCAAAGGCUCUCACUAUUGGAAAUUUGCCCACCCAGGCUCCUCCCCUGAGGAGGGAUUUCCCCGACCUGUGGCCUCAGAUUGGUUGAACUGCCCCGACCCUUCCCCUCUUCACCCUGGAGAUAUCUCUCUGACAUCCAUUGUUGGUCAGCAGGAGCUUCAAGAGAGAGAAGAGGAAGGCGCAUUGGAGCAGAUCAGGCGCAGGUCCAAAACUACAACGAGACAUACAGAGAAUCAUGGGGAAUGUCCCUGCUCCAACAGCGCAUCACCACCUAACACAAGUCUGCAUUUCCCGAUGAUCAUCCUGCUCUUACACACUCUGACUUAUCAGCCAUCUGUGUCCCUUUUUACGACACGCUCACAUCCUGUUCGUCUUUAGAUAUUUUUACCUGUUAUUUUUUUCUGGUUUCUUCAACUGUUCAAGCGAGCCUGUGCCCUCUGUAGCCCACUGUUCGGCAUGUUUUGCAUUCUGUGAUGCUUUUCUGCUCACCACGGUUGCAAUGAGUGGUUAUUUGAGUUACCGUAGCCUUCCUGUCAACUCAAACCAUUCUGGACAUUCUCCUCUGCCCUCUCUCAUCAACAAGGUGUUACUUCCUGGCUGUUUUGCUGUUUGUUCUUCUGUCAUGGCAUUCUGUUUAAACACUGUAGAAUGUUCCAGGUCAUUUGCACUUUCUGAAAUACUCAAACCAGCCCCAUUCGACACUAUCAAACAAAGCCACUGACAUUACAAUGUUCCCCCCAUUCUAUUCUCAUGUCUCAUGUAAACAUUAACUGAAGCUCUUGACCCGUAUCAUUACAUUGAUAUUACUGUAUAGCAUUAUAUUCCCCAGAGCACAGACGAGAUGAAAAAAGGGAACGAUUGCUGUAUGGCAUUCGUAUUUAUUGUGUCGUACCUCGCUGGAUGACACUCGACAUUUGACCUCUGAUGUAACCUGUACUAAACUCCCAUCCUUGCCACACCUAAUAAUGAUUAAUGACUUAAACACACUUUGUGUCCAUCAGCAAUAGAAAUCAUUGCUAGAACCUUUAGUUACCCUAAGCUUGUACAUGUCUCUUUAUACAUCUUUAUUCCAACCCUACAGUUUUAUUCUUAAUACCAUGAUAAUCUCUCCACCUGACUUCAUUUCUGAAAUGAUGCUAAAUAUCCAGUACUUUAAAAAAAAAUUUAAUAAAAAUACAACUCCAUGGUUGCAUAGGGUUUCAAUCAAUCUGUAAUAGUAAUAAUAAUUUUUUUUUUAAUUCCAAUAAAACAAGAUCCUGAGAUUAGUGUUUGUCUAUGUCUAUAAUAUACUAUAUAUCUAAUAUAAUAUUUAAAAAAAAUUAAAUGCAGAGAUUUGAAAUGAGGAGAUGUUUUGAAAUCAUAUUCCGCAAAAAUAAAGGUUCCUAAGCUAAUAGGGGACUAAAAACACAUUAAACCUGUCCUCAGACUAGUUGGGUUUUUUUUUUUUUUUACGCAGUUCAGGUUCUGUACAGAUUUCCUGGAAUUGUUUUUUUACAUUGGAAAGAGUGUCAACACAGAUGUGUUGCCUCACUAGCACAAACAGACAGGACUAUAAAGGUCCUGCAAGAGUCCUGUUUGUCAUUCAGGACAAGGAACUGGCAUGGCUCCCCCGAUAAGCAGUUUCGCUCUGGCUCUUCUGAGUGUCCAGUCUUUUUUCAGCACUGAUAUACCCUGUGAGAAAAUCACAAAGCCUCUGGUACUCAGUGGCAACUACAGCUCAAUCAUGGGGAAGUGGAUCCUGGUUGAAAGCGUACAUGAUGGUAUAGUGGCAAUGAUACUAGAGUCGAUGGAGUCACACUGGAUGGAGAUCUCACCUGGUACAAAAAACGAUACCAUCCUUUUGAGACAAGCACUCAGUAUAGGGAAAGAAUGUACGCUUAGAGAUCCUGUGGAAUUCCCUGUUCAAAAUAAUGCUGUGCAUGACAAUGGCACUGAUGAAAUUUACCAGUACUACUUAUUACCAUCCUGUUCCAACUGUCUCACUGGAUACUACAGCCAGGAUAAUGGAGAGUACCCCACCAGAGUACUUAUGCUGUUCUCCAAGGAACGCACAGUUUCAAGAAGAGCAAGGAAACUGUACCGAAAGCAGGUCAAGUGUAUGGGAUUUCCUGAACAAACUUUUAAAGUCUACGAUAAACCAGAAUUGUGUCCGAUGGAAGAAUGAAAACACUUCUCAUCGCCACGUUACAGUGAUUCUUUCUAUCGAUAUCAAUUCCUGUCUGUUUUGACCUGUUCAACCUGAUUAAUGUGUGUUAGAAAUAAAGUGCUCAGAAAUCUGUACACCCGAACCCGAUUCAAAUAUAUUAUACUGUCAGAUUAACUUUCACAGAUUGGGAUUAGCACCUCUACUGUCUGAUUAACACGUAUUGUGUUGAAUUAUGUGUUCUUGUUGAAAUAAAGUGCAUUCACUCUG